UCAAUAUGCUGCAACUAUCAGCGCAGUCAGCACCGAGUCGGCAUCAACGCUAGUCGUACUCUCUCAAACAACCUCUCAACUCAAUUCAUCAUGAUCGUCACCAUCAGUCUGCUGGUAUCGGCAGCCCUAGCAGUCUACGUUUAUCUAACCUGGAACUUCAGCUACUGGAAGCAGCGCAAUGUACCGGGACCGGAUCCGAGGCCACUGUUGGGGAACUUUCCGUCGCUUCUGCUGCGCCAUCGGACGAUCAUGGACGAGAUGGGCCAGAUGUACAGUGACUACAGGGCCAGGUUCAACUUUGUGGGUGUGUUCAACAUCCGACAGCCGCGCAUUUUUGUCACGUCUCCGGCUCUGUGCCGAGACAUCAUCACCAAGCACUUUCGGAGCUUCAGCGACAAUGAGUUUGCCGAGUUGACCGAUGUGGAAACCGAUCCGCUGAUGGGCCGGAAUCCGUUCAUGUUGACCGGCGAGGAGUGGAAGGCCAAGCGGUCGGAAGUCACACCGGCGUUCACCGCUUCCAGAAUGAAGACACUGUUCGCGAUCGUGGAAGCGCUUGCAUCGCGUAUGACUAAAUACAUUGAGCAGAACCAGCACACGGCGUUGGAAGGCAAAGAUUUGGCGGCUAAAUUAACCAUAGAUGUCGUUUCAAGCUGUAUAUUCGAUACCGAUGCACAGUCGUUCUCCGAUGACCAUGGUGAAAUUCAAGAAAUGGGUCUCAAACUUGUGGAGCCAUCAUUUGGAUCUCUGUUGACCGUUAUAUUGAGAUCACUUAGUCCGAGAAUCGCAAAAGCAUUAAACAUUGCAAUGAUUCCAAAACCGAUCGAGAUUUUUUUCACCAACUUGAUGAAACAGGCAAUUCGCUAUCGGGAGACAAACUCAAUCAAACGGGCUGAUUACUUGGAGCACCUUAUCAGUUUGCGGAACAAAAAGGAGAUAACCGAGCUGGAUAUGGCUGCCCACGGCGUAACGUUCUUCUUUGAUGGCUUUGAGGCCUCAAGUAGUACCAUCUCGUUCACGUUGUACGAACUCGGUAGACAUCCCGCGAUUCAGGCAAGGCUCAGAACUGAACUAAUGGAAGCAACCAACGACAAAGGUUCCAUCGAUUACGACACCCUGCUCGAGCUGCCCUUCCUGGAUCAGGUCGUCAACGAAUCCCUUCGGCUGUGGCCAGGCGGACCGUUCCUCUCCAAACGCUGCACGGAACCAAUAGACCUGGACCUCACCCCGACGCAGCAAGUUCGCAUUGAACCCGGAGUUUGCGCCAUGAUCCCGUUUUGGGCCAUCCAUCGGGAUCCGGAAUGUUAUACCGAUCCGGACACGUUCAACCCGGAUCGGUUUAGCCCCGAAACCGGCGGAGUGAACCCGUACCGUGAGAUGGGCUGCUUCUUCCCAUUCAGCGAAGGACCCCGGCAGUGUUUGGGCAUGAGGUUCGCCCGGAUGUUGGUCAAACGUGGCGUGUACGAGGUGGUGAAGAACUUUGAGUUCUCGGUGGAUUCGAAAACGGAGGAACCGCUGCGAAUGAACCCGAAAUUGUUUCUCACUGCUGUGAUUGGGGGGAUUUGGUUGAACUUUAAGCCUAUUGUCAAUGAAUAGGUAAUAUUGCUAAAGUUGAUUAUUUUCAAGUUAUUUCAAAUUAUCUAAAGGUUCUGAGGUUAAAACUUCAGGAACUAUUUGCACAUAAAAAAAACACUUAUUCCUUAGAAAAUUUGAAGACACAAAUUAAGAAACGUGAUUUUUUAAUACCCGUUUCGAAGCUCCUUCACACCUAAGUUACUAACUUUUCAAUAUAUUUAGUGCACAUGCACAAAUUAUCAGAAAAACGUCUCGUUCCGGGGAGAACUACUCAGCUUGGAAGCACACGUGUACAAAGCUCGCAUUUUCUCCUCCGGCGAGCCCGUGUGGGAAACGCAUUUACCGAUCUGGGCCGGAAAUCCCGAAACGUUGUGAUCCUCUCGCAAGAACUCAACCAUAUUUGGCACGAUCAGAUCUCCGUUGACGUCCGUAAAGUUGGCCCGCCUAUGCACGCAAACCAGCACCUUGAAAAACAUCGGACCGGCCAAAGAUAGAUCCAGGUGUUCGGCAUGCUCCUCGAAGUGCAGGUUGGACGACACGUUGAAUUCGGCAUUGCAUUGUUCGAAAUGGGUGUGGAGCUUCAGAAGUUGC